AAGAUGACCCAGGACAGACGUCAUUCCACCUCCACGGUGGCAAGGCCACCUUCCACCUGCACGAGCUGGCCCUGCCGCCCUUCCGCCUGCACGACACCAAGCCCGUCGUGAAGGCCUGGAGCGCCAGCAGCCGCUUGGACGUCGCAGAGGGCCAAGAAGACGAGCUGGCCGGCGACGGCGCCCGGAAGAAGAGCCGCCUGGCCUCAGACUGCAUGGAGCUGGACGAGUACGGCUGCCCGCGAGGGGGGGACUCCUCCAGCUUCUCCUUCGAGCAGGACUGGGCCAGUGACCCCGACGAGCUGCUGCCCGGCCAGGAGGCGGGGCGCAGCCGGACGUGCAGCUGCUCCAGUUCCGAGCUGCAGCGCUGCCGGUGCCACAGCCUCUCCAGCCACUCUGAGCCGGCGGACCAGCAGAUGGGCGACAUCAGCGACUCGUCCUGCAACAGCUCCGACGGGGUGCUGGUGAACUUCAGCGCCCUCUACCGCAAGAUGAACGGCCACGCCCACUCCAACCUGAACUCUGCCAACCUGUCAUGCGACUCUUCCUCGGACAGCCACUCGGACACGGGGGCCUUUUAUCUGGACUUGCACUCAUCGCCCGUGGAGCCGAAGGUGUCCUGCAAGACGCACCACCUGGAGGGGUCCGGGAAGGCCUGCGGGUGCCACCACCCGUCCUCGCCCGUCCUGGAUGCCAACUGCAAUUCCUACCUGCCCCCGUGCGAGCCCUGCGCCUCGGAGGGCUCCGACCUCACCGCCUGCUUCCAGAGCCAAGCACGGCUGGUGGUGGCCACCCAGAACUACUACAAGCUGGUCACCUGCGACCUGUCUUCCCAGUCCUCCCCCAGCCCGGCCGGCUCCUCCAUCACCAGCUGCUCGGAGGAGCACACCAAGGCCAGCCCCCUCCAGCCCACUGAGUACUACCUGUUCCAGAGGCCUCAGGCCCCGCCGGAGGAGGAGAGCAGCGACACCGAGGACUCCAGCAGGGGAGGCUCGCGGGGGGAGGCAGCCGAGGGGAAUGCCAUCGAGGGGCAGGUUUACGUCAACGUCUCCCCCCCCACCCUCGCCGGCGGGAGGCAGCGUUCCCGCAGCUACGACCGCAACCUGGACCGGAGCCCCACCGGCCGGCUGGGCUCGCUGGAGCGCAUGAUGAGCUGCCCGGUCAAGCUGAGCGACAGCUCUGCCCUGGCCGCCCAGGGCUCCCCCCCCAAGCGGGUCACUUCCUUUGCCGAGCUGGCCAAGGGCCGGAAGAAGACGGGCUCCUCUCCCCCGCUUCGGGCCAGCAGGGACUCUUCCCUCGAGUUCACCCCUGUCCCCGAAUACCAGAAAGGCAGCUCUGUCUUCCUGGAGGACCGGGGCCGACACAGCCAGAGUCUCCCUCCCCUGCCCCUGCUCCACCCCCUCAGCCGCAGCCCCGAGCAAGGAGGGGGCGCCUCCAGAAAGGACUUGCGGUGCCGGGAGGGCCUUGAGCAGCCGUUUCCUUCAGCUGUGGCGGAGACAGGGGCCAGUCCCGCCAGCAGCAGCAGCAGCCUGGGACAGAAGGACAUACGAGCCCGCGCAGAUGGCGGGACGGCGGAGAGCAAGGCGGUGGUGCGCUACAGCAAGGACCAGCGGCCGACCACGCUGCCCAUCCAGCCCUUUGUGUUCCAGCACCACUUCCCCAGACAGCCCAAGGGGCGGGCCCUGCACAGCCACCUCGCCUCCAGCCUCUCCCAGCUCUACAGCCUCUCGGCCGCUGGCCGCUCGGCCGGCCAGCAGCUCUCCUCCACCUCCCAGUCCUCGGCCUCCGCCACCUCCGCCGACCAGCCCAUGGGGGUGGGGACCCUGGGGCCGGGUCAGCGCUCGGCGGACGGGGCCGCCUCCCUCGCUGACGGCUGCGCCAGGAAGCCCGUCCCGGAGACCACUCGCCCGUCCCCGCUGGGCAGCUACUCCCCCGUGCGAAGCAAUGUGCCUUUCUUCCAGAACGUGGACUCUUCCUCCUCCUCCUCCUGCUCUGCGACGCCUGAGAGUCACCCUCCCCGGAGCCGGUCCUGCCCCGUCUCUGCCAACCUCCUGCCCACCGGGCCUUCCCCGGCCCCCCACGCCGGCACCCGUGCCAACCCCGUGCACAAGAAGGAGAGCCCCCAGCUGGCCCCCAGGGUGCUGCCAGAGCAGAGCGGGCCGCCGGACGAGUACCAGCUCCACGGCAGCUCCCUCCCUCCUUUGGCGACCGAGGGGCUGAGCUUGUCCGGGGCAGGGGGGCCCGCCAACCCCCCGUGGAAGGCUGGCUGCAGUGAUCCCGUCAGCGCUGGGUCCCUGGGCGCCAUGGGGCCCCGCCCCCUGAACGCCCACCACCUCUCUCCGCAAGCACUCAAGUGGCGGGAGUAUCGGCGAAGGAACCCCCUGGGGCUGGACGGCGUCUCGGGGCUGGCAGGGCUGACGGGCAGCCUGGACUGGAGGCGGCAGGAGGGCCGGCUGCCCUGGAGGAACCCCAUCUUUGAGUUCCCAGGUGCCCUGAAUGCGGGACGCAACACCUGCCGGCUCAAUGGACAGUCCAUGAAGCUCCCACCGCUCAACUACUCCGACUUCUUCCCGGACUAUUUCUCCCUGGCGGAAAAGCCCCCCGCGGAAUUCUGCCUGUCGCCGGAUGGAAACACGGAGUCCGUCUCCAUCGACCUGCUGCAGAAGAAGGGGCUGGUCAAGGCGAUCAACACAGCCGUGGACCUGAUCGUGGCCCAUUUCGGGACCAGCAGAGACCCUGGGGUGAAGGCCAAGCUGGGGAACAGCUCGGUGAGCCCCAACGUGGGGCACCUCAUCCUGAAGUACCUGUGCCCGGCCAUCCGCGACGUCCUGGGCGACGGGCUCAAGGCCUACGUGCUGGACGUGAUCGUCGGCCAGAGGCGGAACAUCCCGUGGAGCGUGGUGGAGGCCUCCACUCAGCUGGGCCCCUCCACCAAAGUCCUCCACGGCCUGUACGGCAAGGUCAGCCAGUACUAUUGUCAUGCCCUCCCCAGCUUGCUUGAGGCUACUACCCGUUUCUCCUGGCUGCAUUUGCUUCACAUCCGGUCAUUGGAGUUCUGGUUUAACCACCUGUACAACCACGAAGACAUCGUCCAGGCGCACUACCAGCCGGUGGGCUUCCUGUCGCUGGCGCACGGCGUGUGCCAGGGCCUCUUUGAGGAGGUGCUGCUGCUGCUCCAGCCGCUCUCCCUGCUGCCCUUCAGCCUGGACCUCCUCUUCGAGCACCGCCUCCUGCAGAUGGGCAAGGAGCAGCGGCAGCAGAAGGAGCUCCUCCGCACCCAGCAGGGCCUGGUCCUCUCCGCCCACUCCACCCUCCAGCUGAUGAGGACCCGGGGCGGCAGCGGCAGCAGUAGCAGCGACCGGAGCUGGGGGGCCGAGGAGGACCCGGGGCGGCACCGCGUGGAGGCGGAGGAGGAGGAGGGCCGAGCCAAGGGUGUGGGGGCCCCCAGCGGAGGUGGCAGGAAGGAGGAGGAAGAGGAGGCGGUGGUGGAGUGCAGAGAGGGCCCGGAGGCCGCCGCAGCCGCCGCCGCGGAGCUGAGGAAGGGCAAGCAGGCCAGCUGGUGGUACCAGCUCAUGCAGAGCUCCCAGGUCUACAUCGAAGGGUCGGCGGCAGAAGGUGCUCGCUUCAUCCGCUCCGAGCGGAAGAAGAAGGUGGGCACGGGGGUGGCGGCACUCAAGCAGCAGGCCGAGGCCAGGAAGGGGCCGCCCCCGAGGGAAGGGGUGGUGGAAGGGGCCGAGGCCUGCCCCAUCACAGAGGAGGGACCCGUCCACGAGGUGCCCCGCGCCAAGGCCGCCCCGGAGCCCGCCCAGAAGCCGGAGCCCUCGGUCAAGGAAGAGGUGAAGGAGAAGAGCCGCCCCUUCUGGAUGGGCAGCCCGCCAGACUCGGAGCUCACAGAGCUGAAGGGCACCAGGGAGAAGGAGCGCGGGCCAGCCCCGAGCCACGGGGUCCCGGAGCAGAGCAGCGCCUGCAGCCCCGAGAGCAGCCAGCCCAAGUGGGGGCACCUCUUCGGCUCCCGGAAGGCCACCAAGGAGCCCAAGCAGACCGGCAGCCUUCUUCCCAGGAUGCCAUCUGGCUGGCUGAGCCUGGACCGCUCCGUGUUCCAGCUGAUGGCCCAGACCGUGGGGGCCGGCGUGUGGAAGGAGGCCGCCUCGGAGCCUGAACGGGGCCCGGCAGACUCCACCUCUUCUUGCCCCAAGCAGCAGCAGCCGCCCCCGGAGAGGAACCUGCCCCCGGAGACACCCUGCGAGGUGAAGGCCCUUUGCCACCACAUCGCCACGGAGGCCGGGCAGCUGAGCUUCAAGAAGGGAGACGUCCUGCGCGUGUUGGGCAAGGUGGACGCCGACUGGCUGCGGUGCCGCCGAGGAGCAGAGAGCGGGCUGGUGCCCAUCAUGUACGUCACGCACAUGGAAGACGAGGACUAUUGACGGGACGGGGCGCGAGGCCCCGGAAGCACAGCCCCCCCCGCCUGCUCCGGCCAGCCGCCCGGCGGAGCGGUGGUGGACAAGACUUGCCUUCUCCCUCUCCUGUGCCCUGCUCCGUGGGGGCGGCCGGCAGGGGGGCCGUGUUGCCCAGCACCAUCGUGCAUGCUCUCUCUCGCGCUCCGUCUGGGACCCCAUGGUGCCCCCUCUCUCCUCUCCACCAGCUCCAUCUCCGGCCUUCAUCCCGUGUCAACAUGAGGCUGCAGGGACCGAGACAGCCGGGGUUCGACGGGGCGGCCUGUGUCCAGCCACAGCCCCCAGCAUGCACUGCUCCUCUUCCAUCGGUGCCUGCGGGCGGGGCGGGGUGGGGGGCCUCUGCUGCCGGUCGCCGGAAGCUCUGCUCUAGAACUCUGUGCUGACUUAUACUAACACAAGGACGGUGCCGCGGGGGCCCGUGGGAGCUGGGCAGGGCGGGGGCCCGUGGGAGUCGUCCAGCCAGUGUCUGUGUCUGUGUGUCGUGGUUUGGUGGCAGUCGACAACUGUUCUGUGGUAGAAGUAGCGGGUUUGUGGGAAUUGCCCCCCAUCGAGGGAACUGGGGGUUUAGGGGGGAGUGGCGGUAUGGGGAUGGGGGAGGGGACAGUGCUUCCAGCCAGAGUGGGCCAGUAACCCCCCCCCCCUCUUUCUGGGCAAAUGGCUAUGGUUUUUAAGGUGUUUAAAAGUGACGGACAAGCACAGCAGCGGGAGGGCCCUGGAGGCCACCGGCCCGGUGGAACUGCCUGCCACGUGAUUUUGAAGGAGGGUCUUCCGGGGGGUGGGUGGGAGUCAUUUACUUCUGUGCUGUGUUCCAUGCCCACUUAGGGGACAAGUUGUGUAUGGAGGGGGGGGGGCAGCCCUCAGACACACACACCCCCGGUCUCAGUGUAGCUAACGCGACAGUAUUAUGGCCGAGGCCAGCCAGUGCGUAGCGUCUGGGCAGGGGCCUCCCCUCCCCCCCCCGCCGGUCCCUGCCCGGGGCGCCUCUGACCUUGCAAGGUUUGCUCCUCUGUGUCCAUAUGGCUCUUGCAGAGAUGGCGCCACUAUUUAAUUUGUACUUUUGGCGUUAGAACAGGGUGUCUCGCCUUUAUUUAUUUCUUUAUUUAUGAUGCACAUUAAUUAAAAAAGAAGGUGCUG